AUGAGUUUCUUUGUCACAUCCAAUUCCUGCAAACUAUUCCGUAAGUUCCACGUUCAUGUUGUCAACGGAUUGAGCCGAAACAAGAUCUUGCAGAUACAUUGCAAAUCUGCAGACAACGAUCUUGGCGCUCAUAGUCUUGCGAAAGGGCGAGAAUUUUCUUGGAGUUUCAGGAUAAAUUUCAUCCUGACCACACUUUACUGGUGCCACAUGGCUCCUGAUGACCAUUCCCAUGUUGAUCUAAAGGUGUUUUGGGACAGUCAGUAUUUAUUUGAGAGGUGUGGUGGCGCUCAGCAGUGCAUUUGGACUGCUAAAGAUGAUGGAGUUUACUUGAGAAACAUUCCGAAGAACACUGAUGAGUUUCAGCACAAGUGGGAAUCAGCAAAGCUGAAUCCAUAUUAA